AGUGAAUAUCGUCAAGGAAAAUCAAAUGAAUGUGGUAGGUGAAGGAUUUGACGGAAUUACCCUCGAAGACACGUUAAGACUUUCUUUUGGAAAAGAAUUCAUCUACUCUCUUUCCUCUCACUAUAUAAUCUCUUCCUCCUCCACCAUUCUAUCUCAGCUUGCAAGUUCUCUUUAAACAGUAGAACUCCAAGCUUGUACUGUACUCCAAAUACGCAGUCGUUUUUAAUAGUUCUUCUUACCAAUAACCAAAAAAAAAAAAAGCAGUAGCAUUUUAUUUUCCCAAUCAAAUCAUGCAAGCUGUUUCGCCUGCUAUGUCGUGUGAUCUCAAAUCCGUAAUUCAAACGAAUCUACCGGCUAAAAACGCGCGUUACUCUCACGCAAACGGAAAGCGCGUGUCUGUUCGUUGCAGUUAUAGGUCUGAGUCGUUUAGCUUCCCUAAUGGAGUCGGCUCGAGCCGAGCCGAUUGGCAGAGCUCAUGCGCCAUCUUAGCAAGCAAAGUAGCUUCCGCUGAGAAUUCCAGCUCCGUCACCGGCGGUUUAGCCGAUCAAGUCGCCGCCGUUAACGGACACAGUAACGGCUCCGUCAAUCUCAGCCUCGUUCAUUCCGAGACGAAGAAGAACGGAAAGCCUGGAUUGAUUCAGCCGUUAACGAUUACUGAUCUCUCGCCGGCGCCGGCGCACGGAUCCACACUCCGUGUGGCGUAUCAAGGAGUUCCCGGCGCGUACUCCGAAGCUGCCGCCGGAAAAGCUUACCCGAACUCUGAAGCUAUUCCCUGCGAUCAAUUCGAUGUCGCGUUUCAAGCGGUGGAGCUCUGGAUCGCCGAUCGCGCCGUCCUCCCAGUCGAGAAUUCUCUCGGCGGUUCGAUCCACAGAAACUACGAUCUCCUCCUCCGUCACCGUCUCCACAUCGUCGGCGAGGUUCAGAUCCCUGUCCACCACUGCCUCCUCGCGCUUCCCGGAGUCCGUGCCGAUUGCAUCACGCGCGUGAUCUCGCAUCCCCAAGCUCUUGCCCAGACGGAAGGAUCGCUCAACAAACUCACUCCCAAAGCCGCGAUCGAGGCGUUUCACGACACAGCGGCUGCGGCGGAGUACAUCGCCGCGAACAACCUCCACGAUACGGCGGCUGUAGCGAGCGCGAGAGCGGCGGAGCUCUACGGACUCCAGAUCCUCGCCGACGGGAUCCAAGACGACGCCGGGAACGUCACGCGCUUCCUGAUGCUGGCGCGUGAUCCGAUCAUCCCUCGCACGGAUCGUCCCUUCAAAACCAGCAUCGUCUUCGCCGCUCAGGAACACAAAGGAACCAGCGUCCUCUUCAAAGUGCUUUCCGCGUUUGCGUUUCGAAACAUCAGCCUGACGAAAAUCGAAUCGCGGCCGCACCACAACUGCCCGGUCAGAGUCGUCGGCGACGGGAGCGUCGGGACGUCGAAGCAUUUCGAGUAUACUUUCUACGUUGAUUUCGAAGCGUCGAUGGCGGAGGCGCGUGCGCAAAACGCGCUCGCGGAGGUUCAGGAGUACACGUCAUUCCUCAGGGUGUUGGGAAGUUACCCCAUGGAUAUGACGCCAUGGUCGACGCUACCUAGCGAAGACGUAUGACCGUAUGUAUAUUUAUCACUAUUAUAAUAACCUAUGAAAAAAAAAAUUAUCAUAUUUGUUUAAAUUUAUAAGAUACAGUGGGAAACCAAAUCAAGUAGAAAAUGUAGAGCUCGUUUUGGAUGUGAAAGUAGGAGAAUAAUAUUAUUUUAUAUCUCCUGUGACCUAUCACCAAAUAUUUUGUGUAUGUGCUACUUUUGAAACAAGUUGUCAAGAACGGUUUGUAGUUUGGCUCUGAUGAUACAAAUCAAAUGAAGACAUUUCUUACAAAUAAAGUCUUUUUUUUUCGGUCAA